ACUCUGACAUCGAGCAGCUGUCGAUACAAGCAGAGGAAACAGAAACAGAUUAAUGAUCUGAAGGAAUCAGAAGAUGAUUCAUCUACUUGUCCUCGCUCUGGUCCUCACAGGCUGUGAGGCUGAAAUCAAGGCGUGUACGGGAGGAUGGUUUGAACUCACCUGCGAAUACAAAAUUGGAACAUAUCAAACCAUCGACGUUGAGAUUCCCAAAAGAAAAAACGUAAAAAGCAUUAAAGUGAACACACAGGAACAGGAUGAGAAUGUUUUCUUACACCAUGAUGGAGAAAAAAAACUCCUCAGGGUGAAGGUCACAUCACUGACAUCUGAUGAUUCUGGGGUUUACAAGUGUAAGAUUCAAGAAAAAACAACCGAAGUGAAGCUGGAAGUGAAGAACGGCGACUGCCAGGAACCGCUUCUUCAAACUGUUAAAGCAACGGAUGAAACCACCAUAACAUGCAACUACCCCAAGAACAGACAAGGGUUUUUUUUCUGCAAAGAGAACGGUUCUGACUGCCUGGACGUCUUUCCAACACAUCGUACUCCAUGGUCAGAGGGAAGGUUCAGGCUGACGGAAAUCAAAAGUGGUUUCAGCGUGUCCAUCAGCGACGUGUCCUCACAGGAUGGUGGCGUCUACUGGUGUGGACACAAAUCAGCUCAUAGAAGCUACAGCAUUUCACUCAGAAAAAUAGAGCUGGAUGUUAAAAUUUCAGAGCCUCCACCAGCAACAACACCCUCCGUCCAUGAAACUACUGCAUCUGCUAAGCCUCAGGGUGGCUCUUUGUUACUGGUUAUCAUUGCAAUUGUUGCAGUGGUGUGUGCAGCCGCGCUGGUGCUUCUGGUCGUCUUGUUCAAACGAUGUGAGGGAUCAAAAAACACAACUCAGGACGAGGACCACAGCUAUGAAGAGAUAGAACUGCGCCCCCACAGGCCAGGAUCAGGAACUGCACCAAAAACCCUGUACGUCACUGCCAACUUCCCCACAAACGUUUCUGCCUCCCAUUACUCCAACAUCCUGUUUGAGAAAAGCUCUGGUGAAGUUAGUGAUAACACAUAUUCCACUGUAGGGGGAAGUGUCCUGUGUCCCACCUACUUUACUGUCAAUCAUCCUUCCAGCUUCACUGACAAGACUCUUUAUUCUACAGUCACGUUCUCCGUCAAGUCCUCACAGGAGCUUUAAAAACACAAACCUGGCUCAGACGUCAGAAAGAAACAAGAAUAUAUCCAAUAUUUUGUCAAAACCUUUGUAUAAUUAGCAGCUAAUGAAUCUAUUGAACUGUGUUUGUGUUAUUAUCAUCUGUUCUCUUCGGAAAAAUAUGAAGAAUUUGAGGAAAAACUAUGAAAACGUUAAUCAUAACAUGGAAUCAGUAUUUUUGAAAAGACCAUAUUAUAUCCUUUGUGUGUAUAUAUAUUAAUAUAAAGUGUUUAUCGUCAUGUUUUACCAGAUACCCUUAAAAACAUACUUGAUAUAUUAUAUUGUAUUGUCAAGUGGUGAAGUGUAUUUUUGUAUCAUAGAAGUACAUUUUCAGUUUUGGACAAAUCGAAAGUCUCACCCCUGUCUGCUCCCUCUGACCUCGAAGAUAGAGAGGAUCCAGAUGCUGGUGCUCUAAACAUUUGAAUAUCUUUCAUGUUUCUGUCGGCAGCAGAAGUCUCCUGAAUCACUUCCUUAAUUUUUCAUCUUUUCUCUCAUAACUGAUUUUUUGAGCCACCGGAAAAAACUGUAAUGAGAUAUUUCUUGACCUUUUGUGCCUGAAGUCUCUGACUGAACGUGUUAAUAUUUGAUCAUCUGUGAUUGAAGAAAUCACCCCGUCAUGUCUCCCUGCUGUGGCUCCUCACGCCACAAUUACAUGGUGCCAGCUGUGUGUUGAGUUGGUUUAAUUUGAAAAUUCUAAUAACACAUGUUACCCAGAGAAAUGACGUAGAAAUAUGAGCAACAGGAGCAAACAUCUCAUCUGUGAAGCAUUUCUAUGUGAAGACUUUCCUGAAACAGGAGCUGCAGCACCUCCACAGACACUUUACUGCUGCAAUACUUCACCUUGACUUCAUGGUUUUGUGCAACAGGCAGGAAAUGCAACUUGAUUCACAUCCUGUCAUCUUCUGCUGAAGUACGGCCGAUGAUGCAAUGCUGGUUAAAAAUGUCUCAUCACGACCCUCAUCUUCAUCAGCACAGAUGUUUUCAGCUCCCACUUCUCCCUCUGAAACCCCCCAGUUCACAAACCUUAUUUCACUUCAUUAAAACCCAACGAUGAUCAAUGAUGAGGUUGUUUCUCCGCAUCUGGCACAAAGUCAGUUUUUUUUUCAUUUGUCAAUUAUUUUAGGAUGAACGCCACAUUUGUUCUAAUAUGCCUAACCAAAGACAUGAUUGUGUAACUUAAUUCAUAGAAUAACAUAUUGUACACACAACUUUUAUAAAUCUGAUGGUUGUUGCUCCAAUGAUUAUUAUGGAAUUUAAUUAUUGUUGUGUUUAAUGUUUCAUUUGAAGCAACAAUGAACUCAUGCACAUCUUUUAAAUGAUUAUAGCAGUUUUUUUAGUAUGUUUAUUGAGCAUCAACAAUACAAAAUGAGGACACAAAAGAGAUACUAUUCAAUGCUCACAUUUUUCUAAAUUUUUACAAUUUACAGUACCCCCCUCCUCCCACACACCCACCCACACCUCCUUCCCAUGUAGAGGUCCCAACCCUACCUGUCUCUAGUUGAAGGGAAAGAAAAAAGAGAAACAGAAAAAAAAUGUUUAAAAAUAAAAAAUAAAAACUAGAAACAAAAGAAAAAACACAGAGCGUAAACUAAAGAAAUGCUAACAUUUUGGGAAUGUAAGUUUUAGUGGUACGUCAGCAGAACUCAGAUAUCUGACUCCUCAGGUGUAAUAACUAAUGAGUCUAUAAUGAACAACAAGGGGUUCCAGAUUUUGUCAGAUUUCCUCAGAGAGCCCUUGAGGGAAAACCUUAAUCUCUCUAACUUUAAGUUGUGUAGAACUUCCUGAACCCAUCGAGUGUGGGAUGGGGGCAAGUUGUGCUUCCAGUUCAGCAAAAUUAAGCGCCUAGCCAACAGAGUGCAAAAGGCCAUAGAAUGUCCUGCCUCAGCCAUCAAGAUGUUGUUGUGUGGGAUUCCAAAGAGGGCAGAGAGGGGAUGGCGGUCGGCCACAAAAUGGUAAGCAUUUGAAGGGUGUCGAAUAUUUUGGACCAGAAGUCUGUAAGCUUUGGACAUGACCAAACAUGUGUAUGAGAUCGGCAGGGGACUGGUUGCAUCUAUUACAGUGUCAGCUACAUUGGGAUAGGAUUUAGACUGUCUAUGAUUGGUGUAGUAAAUCCUGUGUAUGAGUUUACAUUGAAUCAGCCCAUGUCAGGCACAGACAGAAGAGUUGUUUAUUAUUUCUUUGCACAGAAGCUACUAGUGUGGAGUAUAGCAA